CAGGAAGCAGGAGGAGGGAGUAACGAGCGACCUAAAGCGAGAGAGAGCGGAAAGAGGGAGGGGUGUAAUAAUAGUGGUGGGCGGUUCGGUUAUUGGUGCUGAAGGAUACACCGACGAAGAAGAACCCUGAGCUCGGAUCGCGCUAACCCACCCGUCCUUUCCCCCCUCCUCCCCACCCCGCGCUAUCUGAGCUCGAUUAAGGAUCCUGUGGAGCGCCGAGGAGCUGCCGCUUGUGCAGCGCUGUGUGCACACAUCUUCUCAGACAGUGCUCGGUUGCCCGUGUGAGUGUGCCCGAGCAGUGAGUGUGCGAGGCAGCUGCGCAGCUCCUCUGCGCACACUACCACACUGGCAUUUCAGCGAGAGGAGAGAGCGAGACUGGGAGAAAAGGAGGAGGCCAAGCACACAACUGAAAGAAAGUAAUCUCCUCUGCCCGGCAGCGGCUCCAACCCCCCUUACCCCCUCCAGCAUGGCUUCUGAGGAACUCUACGAGGUAGAACAAAUUAUCGAUAAAAGGAAAAACAAAAAAGGUAAAAUUGAAUAUUUGGUGCACUGGAAAGGAUAUGACAGUGGAGAUGAUACAUGGGAGCCAGAACAACAUUUAGUAAAUUGUGAGGAAUAUAUCCAUGAAUUCAACAGAAAACACAGUGAGAAGCCGAAAGACAACACUACUUUAAGAUCUAACCGGACAUCUCCAAAUAAUGCUAGAAAACAAAUUUCAAGGUCUACAAAUAGUUCUAUUACACGAACAUCUCCAAAAUCUUUGCCUGGAAAUAAGGAAAGUGACUCAAAAAAUCAGUUCCUCCCCAGCAGUCCAAAAUUGCGCAGAAGUCCUUCCCAAGCAAUUCCAAGCAGGAAAAAUAUAGACCUUUCCAGAUCUGGAAUUAAAAUACUUGUGCCCAAAAGUCCAAUGAAAAGUAGAACUUCUGUAGAUGGAUUUCAGAAUGAAAAUACAGAAAAAUUAAAUCAUUUAGAACAGGAACAAGACUCUACAGCCCCUGAGGUAACAGCUGAGAAACCAGUUGGGGCAUUAUUGGGACCUGGUGCUGAAAGGGCUCGUAUGGGGAGCAGACCAAGGCCUCAGCCUUUGCUACCACAGAUUCAAAUGCCACUAGCAGUGACUGCAGCAUCUGCAUUAGCUGUAAAUGGUAAAGGUACUUCUACUUUAAUGGAGGCUUUAACAGCCAGUGUUACUACCAAUAUACAGAAUUCAGCAGGAGUAACAGGCAAGAGAAAAUUCAUUGAUGAAAGAAGAGACCAGCCUUUUGAUAAGAGACUACGUUUUAGCGUGAGACAAACUGAAAGUGCAUACCGCUAUAGAGACAUAGUUGUCAGAAAGCAAGAUGGUUUCACACAUAUUUUACUUUCUACGAAGUCUUCCGAAAAUAAUUCACUAAAUCCGGAGAUAAUGAAGGAAGUACAAGGUGCACUAAAUACCGCAGCUGCUGAUGACAGCAAACUUGUUCUCUUUAGUGCAGUUGGAAGUGUCUUCUGCUGUGGUCUUGAUUUCAUCUAUUUUAUACGCCGUUUAACGGAUGAUAGAAAAAAGGAAAGCACUAAAAUGGCGGACGCUAUUAGGGCGUUUGUAAAUACAUUUAUUCAGUUUAAGAAGCCGAUAAUUGUUGCUGUAAAUGGACCUGCCGUUGGACUUGGAGCGUCAAUAUUGCCUCUUUGUGAUGUUGUUUGGGCUAACGAGAAAGCUUGGUUUCAGACGCCUUACACUACUUUUGGACAGAGCCCAGAUGGAUGCUCUUCUCUUAUGUUUCCUAAAAUUAUGGGCCUUGCUUCAGCAAAUGAAAUGUUGUUCAGUGGAAGAAAACUGACUGCACAAGAGGCCUGUGCUAAAGGUCUAGUUUCCCAGGUGUUUUGGCCAGGAACUUUCACCCAAGAGGUUAUGGUUCGCAUUAAGGAACUUGUGACCUGCAAUCCAGUAGUACUUGAAGAAUCUAAAGGUCUAGUUCGUAAUGUCAUGAGAGGAGAUUUGGAACAAACAAAUGAAAGAGAGUGUGAAGUGUUAAAAAAAAUUUGGGGAUCUCCACAAGGCAUGGACUCAAUGUUAAAAUAUUUGCAAAGAAAAAUUGAUGAGUUCUAAAAGAUAAUUCUGCCUAUCCUUUUGCACAUAAAAGAACUAAAAAAAUAUGAAUUGGCAAGUACAAGAUAUCCAUACUAAACAGAAAUACUGUAACAGGGAUGUGAAAACUUCCUUAAAAAUUGAAGAACCCACCAUGUCUUGGAUACAUUGGCUUGUACUGUAUUGAGAAAAGACUUUGACGAACAUUGCUUUUUGUUUGUGAGACAGGGAUGCCUAAAAAACUGCUCUAUUGUUUGUUUGUAUUUUGUUUGUUUAUAAUAUAUAUUUAAAACGGGUAAACUCCAACCCAUACUUUUAAUUAAUGUUAGUCUUAGGCAGUGCUAUAUUUCAAAAGGUUAAAAUACCUCACCAUUAACUCUCAAGAAACAAAAUUCCAAAAUGUAUUAAUAUAUUUAAAUAAUCCCAAAAUUUGUUUGUGUGCUCUGGACAUGCUAAUAAAGAGAAGAAGGUAAAAAAGUUACAUACUUGUGGGAAAAGACCUGGUUGUUACCAUGAUGAAACCACAAUACGCUACCAUGAUGAAACCACAAUACGCUAUUUGUUUCGGUAUUUGUUAGUCACUGAAUAUACUAUGUUUUAGGUUGCAGGUAAUCCUAAAAUUAUAAUCUGGAUUUUUUUUUUUUGUACUUCACUUCUUGGAUGAUAUUGUCCGUAGCUAUUUGCAAGUUAAAUGUGUUGCACCAAAAAUGUUUUAUGUUUAUACAUGUAUAAAUUUUAGGUUCUGCUGGAAUAUAUUUUAUUUAAUAAGUUAAUUUUGGUACUCUAUUAAAUGAAGAAAUCCCCCAAACUACCUUCUUUUGUUUUGUUUUUGCUUUUGUUAAAAGUCCUCUUGUUAGAA